GCAGGUACAAUAUCCCAUUGCCUGUGUGCACCGGGCGCGCGCUGCCUCAUUACUUCCGUCUUUGACACGCAAUCACGGGAUGCUGCGUGCAAAGUGGCCACGUCUAUGGAGCUCCUCUCUCAGCACACUUCUUACGACUUCUGAUCCGGUUUCAUACAUAAACAAUUUUAAUAAGACUCUUUGAAUAUACUUUUUUUUAAUGAGUGUGCCCCUUUGUGCCGAGAAACGGAAAUGAAAAUGAACGGAACAACGUUUAACCAAACGGACGGCGGUAUUUUUGCCAACCGGACUGAGGAGAUCUUGUCGUGUUGUAACUUCUCGUCGGUGGUGACGGACGACGGCUUCGCGGCGGCGGCACCCGACGAUGAGCGCAGUCUCUUCAUCAUGAGAGCCGUGCAGAUCGCCGUGAUGUGCGUGUUGUCUCUCACCGUGGUGUUCGGCAUCUUCUUUCUCGGCUGCAACCUCCUCAUCAAGUCCGAGGGGAUGAUUAACUUUUUGGUGACGGAUCGGCGACCGAGCAAAGAAGUGGAAGCGGUUAUAGUGAGCGUGUAUUAGCGCGCGUUAGUGAAAACUUGAAAUAUGGACGCACAUGGUUCGCUUUCACGUGAAGUCGCGUCCAAAACGCACACUGACAUGUGAACUGGUUAUUAUGCGCUCUCACAUGCGUCCGUUUCUUGUGAUGGCGGAGAAAAAAAAAAAACGGGCUUUCCAAGUUCCUCUUCAGCCAAAGUGUAUGUUACCUGAACGUACUGCAGAUACCAUGUGCGCACAAGAAGGUCGGACUUAUGAACCUAACCAUGUUUAAGUCACAUUUAUUUACCGAAAGUAUUUUUUUGCGCACGAAUGUGUGUUGGGAUACAUGUCGUCUACAGCGAGCCUUGCGCACUGACUUUCUUUUGUAUCAACACUCUAUAUUACAUUUUUGUAAACUGCACAGAUGUGCGUUUGUUUAAAUGGAUAGGCUACAUAUAAUGUUUCCCGUUUAAUGGAAUAAAAAAUUGAAUAUUGUACAGAAAAAUGAUUCCUCACGAAUUUUUAUGAUUGAUGCGUGAAUGAGUUGCAGUAAUGUCAUGGGUUACAAUCUACAGUUUGU